AAAAACACACGUUCACACAAAUCUGAGAGAACCAAUACCGACACUCUGACUCUCUACCAGUCUCUCCACCACUGAGCUCUCUUCCCAAGGAAUCCUUGUAAAUUUACUAAUUUCAUUUUCUUUUUCAUUUUAUUUCCUUCCUUGUCCUCUUCCAGAUCCAACGGUUGAGAUUUCCAAUCUAAAAAUCAAAUCUGAAUCUCCACCCUUACAUUAGAACCACCAUUUGUUAUGUUGUGUUUUUUCCGUUUGUUGUCAAUCGUCAUCCUCAUCUUUUUCCUCUAUUCCUUCUUUUCCCAUCCAGAUCUGAGUAACCCCUCUCUCUCUCUCUCUCUCUCUCUCUCUCUCUCUGUGUGUGAGAACCCAGAGGUUUUAGAGAGAGAAAGUUUUGGGAAUUUCAUUUCCCAUUUUUGUCCCUUGUGUUGUGGGCCGAGCUAUGGUUGAAGCACAGACAUGGACGACCCGCCGUAUGAGCAACCCGAGAUUUGAUACAAGUGCCAACAACGACCAAGUGCUCGACAUUCCGGCGACCCCACCUGGAGAUGUACGGAACAGCGGAAACUACGCCGUCGGAUCGUAUCUGUCCCCGACGCUAUUGACGGCUCUGAUUAUCGCGUCCUGGUAUUUCUCCAACAUCGGUGUUCUCCUCCUCAACAAGUAUUUGCUCAGCUUCUACGGCUACCGAUACCCAAUCUUCCUCACAAUGCUCCACAUGCUAUCCUGCGCCGUCUACAGCUACGUUGCCAUUAAUUUCCUCGAGAUCGUGCCACGGCAGCACAUCCUCUCUCGAAAGCAGUUCUUCAAGAUCUUCGCUCUCAGCGUCAUAUUCUGUUUCUCCGUGGUUUGCGGGAACACCUCCCUGCGUUACCUUCCGGUCUCGUUCAACCAAGCGAUUGGUGCAACGACGCCGUUUUUCACCGCCAUUUUCGCUUUCCUGAUUACCUGCAAGAAAGAAUCGGCGGAGGUGUAUUUAGCACUUUUGCCUGUGGUUUUGGGAAUCGUGCUUGCCAGUAACAGCGAGCCCCUGUUUCAUCUAUUUGGGUUUUUGGUUUGCAUUGGUUCAACUGCUGGAAGAGCUUUGAAAUCCGUGGUUCAGGGAUUGUUGCUGACCUCGGAGGCUGAGAAACUCCAUUCGAUGAAUUUGCUGCUUUACAUGGCUCCAAUGGCGGCUUUGAUCUUGCUUCCGUUUACACUUUACAUCGAAGGAAAUGUGGCUGCCAUUACUCUUCAGAAAGCUAGAGGAGAUAAGUUCAUAGUGUUCCUGUUGGUUGGGAAUGGGACGGUUGCUUAUUUGGUGAACUUGACGAAUUUCUUGGUGACCAAACACACCAGUGCUUUGACGUUGCAGGUCCUCGGCAACGCCAAAGCGGCGGUGGCGGCGGUGGUGUCGGUUUUGAUAUUUAGGAAUCCGGUGACGGUGAUGGGUAUGACGGGAUUCGCAGUUACAAUUAUGGGUGUGGUGCUUUACAGCGAGGCCAAGAAGAGAUCCAAAGUUACAACUCAUUGACAAGAAAGAAAAUCAAAGAAAAAAAAAAAAAAGAAAAAAAAAGAAUUUUUUUUUUUUGGUUUUUGGAAGAUUCAUUUUGAUUGCCACAAAACACGGGUAUGGCUGCCAAGCUCUUUUUUCUAUUUGUUAUUUGUUUCUUGCUUUUUUUUUUUUUUUCAAUUUUUAUUUCUGAUUAUUGGGGAAGAAAAAAGGAAGAGAAUUUGGUUCAAAGUAAUGCAAAUUGGGAUGUAUAGGAUGGUGGAGAAAGGGAAAGUGUAAUGCUCUUUUUCUACUUUUUUUCUGCUUUUCUUUUUUUUUUUUUUUUGGCCCUUUUUGAUUUUACUUUUAAAUUGUUAUUUGAUAGGGUUGGAUUAAGAGAACAAAAUUUUCUCAUUUACCUUUUACUCUGUCUGUAAGUUUACAAUGGUGUAUGCUACAUUUUGAACACUUUACAAGCAUGACUCA